AUGAAGUUGAGGAAUGGAAACCGUAUCUCACAUCUCACACAGGCUCCCCAGCAGCCCCCUACUAUCCUGCAGCAGCUCCCAGCAACCAUGAUGCCUCCUGGCUCCUCUGCUUCCAUUAGGCCUGGUGGUCACGUCAAGGAGGACCUUGUAGAGCUGAUGAUGAUCCAGAAUGCCCAGAUGCACCAGGUCAUCAUGAACAACAUGACCAUGUCAGCUCUCAGCUCGUUCGGAUACUCCAGCCCUCUGUCAGGCCCUGUGGCUCCCAGAGAUCUGGUUGUUAUUCAAGAGAAUGAGGCUGACCAAGAGACAUACCACCAUUAUUACCACCAUGCUCCAUUCCUGUUCUACCCUGAAUGGCUCCUGCAUCAGGCCACACUGGUCCACCUAGACCCCAACAACCCCCCUUCUUCUCCGCCACACACAGACAGGCCUGCUGUCCCUCCUCCCCCGCCCAACGCCACUGGGAUUGUGGGAGCCAACGUCACUCCCGCAGCAGAGAGCAACAGUGCUGCUGAGGCAAAGGCAGAGAAGAAGAGAAAUUGA